AUGCUCGCGACUCUCCUCGCCGCUAUCAGCGCAUCGUCGCUGCCCUUGCUCGCGUCGGCGCAGACCGCCGCCAGCCAGGCAUACACACCUGUCGCGGGCGCGUGCCCUGAAGGCUUCACCCUCGUGCGCGGGACGGGCCAGCCUGGCAGCCAGACGCUGAGCCCACAGGAGGUCGCGUACAUUAACGGCCGCAAGACGAACGUCAUCCCCGACGCAUGGAAGACAUACCUGAGCAAUAUCCAGGCCGUCCAGUCGACGAACGCGUCGCUUCCAAGUUAUGUUGCGAGCAUCCUCAGUGGCGAGAGCAACCGCUACCCUAAUCUCGGGAUCGCGUGCAGCGGAGGCGGAUGGCGCGCGGCGAUGUUCGGCGGGGGCGUGCUCAACGUCCUCGAUGGGCGGAACGCGACGUCGGUCUCGGUCGGGACGGGUGGACUCCUCCAGGCAGCACAGUACCUUACUGGCUUGUCAGGCGGGUCAAACCUCGUCGGUUCGCUCGCGCAGGCGAACUUCCCGACCAUCCAAGAACUGACGCUAGGCCCUGGCACAAACACGACGACGGACGAGUGGGGCGGGUGGCUCGCGCCGAUUAAUCAGCAGGACCCGUACACAAACGCGACCCAGAACGCGGAGUACAUCCAGGAGCUCAUCGAGGAAAUGCGUGGGAAGUACGAGGCGGGCUUCGCUGUUUCGUAUAACGACGUGACCGCGCGUGAUAAUGGGAGACAUUUCGUCAACGGGACGACGGCGGCCAACUUCUUCGACACGACUUUGGUUCACGGUGCGGGGUAUACUUGGUCGGGUGUUGCUAACGUGUCGACAUUUGCAAAUUACUCUCAGCCUUUCCCUAUUCUCGUUGCAACACUGCUGUCUCCCAACGGCAACUUCUCGACGGUGAUCCCCGACAGCAGCUUCAUUAUUCCUACCUCCAAUCCCAUUAUGGAGCUGAACGUCUAUGAGCUAGGAUCCUAUGAUCCCAACCUGGCAGCUUUCACUCCUAUGCAGUACCUCGGAACGACGAACAACUCGGUCUGCUACACCAACUAUGACAACACCGGUCUCAUCAUUGGUGCCUCCGGUGACUGGAACACGAUUUACAACACCUCGGAAUCUACCUAUGCUACGUCUGAGGCAUACCCCAUUACGUCAGCUCUCAAUGCGACUCUCCCGCAAGCGGGUAUCGUCCUUGAUGCUGCACUGUUCCGCAACCCAUUCUACGGCUCGAUCAUGAACGGCACGUUCAUUGACCGCAACGAGACCAUCAUCAUGAUGUCCGAUGGUGGAAGCGACGGCGAGGCAGUUCCAAUUCAGCCUUUGAUGGUCAAGGCUCGCGGGCUUGACACCAUAUUCGCAAUUGACUCGAAUCAAGAUUGGCCUAACGAGUACUGGUCCGCUGGUGGUUCUUUGGUCAACAUGCAAAACCGCAUCAACAGCUUCUUCCCCACCGCAUACACCAUGCCACCCGUCCCGACGAACAUUUCCGAGUUCAUCGCGCAGAACCUGUCGACGCACCCCACGUUCUUCGGGUGUGACUCAACUACCGAGGCACCGCUCAUCAUUUACCUCGCGAACGGCGGUCCCCCACGCGACGGCGCGACCCCGCUUACGAAUGUUGCGCCAAACAACGUGACGAAUGACCAGCUUCAGGGCUUCCUCGACCAGACGUUCACCAUCGCACUCCAGGGCCUCCCCGCGAACGCGAGUGCGACGAGCGAUUCAGAGUGGCCGGCGUGUCUGGCGUGUGCGAUUGUCGACCGCGCGCGGAACGCGACGGGGACCGAGAGGAGCGGGGUUUGCUCGAGCUGCUUCGAGCGGUACUGCUGGAAUGGUUCGACAGUCGGGUUGGCGACAACCACGACUAAGAGCGGCGCGGUAAGCGUGCAGUGGAGUGUAUCGGCCUUGAUCGCUUCGUUGUUGGCCGCAGCCGCGAUGAUGAUCUUUUGA